UAAAAUUUUCUUGAAUACAUAGAUGAGCUAUAAUAAUAAUCACUUUAAUUUAUAUAGCGCCUUUCAAAGGACCCAAGGUCGGUUGCUCACUGCACUGCAAAAAUGUAUUUCUUACUUAGUAUUUUUGUCUUGUUUUCAGUAAAAAAAAAAAAAAUCUAAAAAAAAUCUUAAAUAUUUUCUAGAGCAAAAUAACCUAGGAAAAUAAGCAAAAAAACUCUGCCAGUGAAACAAGAGAACUUUUCUAAAAGUAAGUGUUUAUGGAAAAAGUAAACUUAUUUCAAGAGAAUUUUUCUUAUUAUAUUGACCAAUAUUUAAAUUUUUUGCUCGUUUUAAGCACACAUUUACUUGAAGUUUAUAUUUUUGGUCUUAACCUAUACUUAUUUUGCUAGGUCAUUUAGAAAAUCAAGAAAAUACAUCUUUAUUGUAUUUUUUAUUAUUUUUACUGAAAACAAUACAAAAAUACCAAGUCAUUUUUGUCAGUGUGACUCCAUUAAAUGUUCUUGUGAUAAAGAAUAUGUGUGUGUGUGUGUGUGUGUGUGUGUGCGUGUGAUGUAGAUUAAACAUGAACGGGCCAAAACGGACAUGGCAGCAGGUCAAAAUCAAAUACAAGAACAUUCUGCAGAAUGCAGUGAAAAAGAAUCCCCACAGACAAGGCACGGGUGGUGGGUCACCAAAGGCUGACCUUACCCCAGCAGAGGACAUGGCCUUGGAGCUAAAUAAAGGCAGGCCCGUCUUAGAGGGGAUCCCUGGGGGGAAAGAGACGAGCAUGGGUUCCUCCCAAGAUGCCACCCGCUUCAUUCAAGUGUCUGGCAGCACUGUGUUCCUGUUAGAGCCACCAGCACAAGCACCAGACGAUGCUGAUCCAGGUGAAAGCCCCAGUGCAGCAGCAACAGCACAUGAUGGAGACGAUGAUGAGGAGGAGACCAUCUCUCUGGAUUCCAGAAGGCAUGAGGACCCAGAUGCUAUACAGUGGGAAAACCAGCCUGGCAACAUAAGCUCACAAGCUAUCAGAAAGUUGUAUGGCAACCACCUCCGGCGCCAAAUAGAACUGGCAGACAUAGACAUUCAGUACAAGAAGAAAAAGAUAGAAAAUCUUGCACUGGAGUCCGAAAUAAAAAAAGAGGACAAUUAGGAAACUGAACCUUGAAAUAAUAAAACUUGAGCGGGAGCUCCAAGAAGAUGACACAGCUCAAAAUAAAAAUUAGCAAUCAGUACAACCAAGUCAUCGUUAUAAGGCACCGGCCUCUUUUGCCCACCCCCCCAGCACCAGGUGUGGCACUAGCCUAUAUGAAGGCCCAAAAUUGUGUGUUCCUUUCUGCUCUGACAAUGGCAUGCCCAUUCUUGCGAGAUGUGGUGGAUGAAGAAGCACUUGUGCUGAGGAGAGCCUUCAGGCGAGAAAGGGUCUUCAGGGACCGGUUGGACCCACUGGCCUUCCCUGAUGACCAUCUAUAUGAAAGAUAAAGGUUUUCUGCAGAUGGCAUCAGGUAUCUAUGCAGACUACUGGGUCCCAGGAUUAAGCACCGCACUGCAUGGAGCCAUGCACUGAGUGUGGAGCAAAUGGUUUGUGUGGCCUUGCGCUUUUUGGUGCAGUGGACUGCACACACAUAAGGAUAAAAGCCCCCUCAGGUGCCCAUGAGGCCAGUUUUGUGAAUAGGAAAUCCUUUCACAGCAUUAAUGUUCAGGUGAACAUAACUUUUUGAUAUUGUCCAUUGACGAACACUCUGCAUUGCCAAUGAUGUGCAUUGAUUGGUGUAAUAUUCCUCAUCUUAUGAUUUCAGAUGGUCUGCAAUGCUGACUGUGUGAUCAGCAAUGUUGUGGCAAAAUGGCCUGGCUCAGUCCAUGACUCCAGAAUCUUUCGGGCCUCUGAAAUCUAUCAGUGCCUAUCACAAGGGGGUAUGGCUGCCAGCCUUUUCUCCUCACACCUUUCACAGACCCCCAGGAAGCACAGCAGGCCUACAACCAUGCCCAUGCCAGGGCCAGGGCCAGAGUUGAAAUGACCUUUGGCCUCCUGAAGGCACGCUUUCACUGCCUUCACAAAUUAAGGGUCAACCCUGUUAGGGCAUGUGAUAUUACUGUGGCUUGUGCUGUCCUCCACAAUGUGUCCUGCCUGAGGAAGGAGAGGGCCCCCAGAGUGCCACCAGCCAUGGACUGGGACAAUCCGGCAAUCUUCCCUGAUGACGACAGUGGUCGGCUGCUGAGGGACCAAUAUGUGUUGAAUUAUUUUAGUUAGUAUGUGUGCUUUCAAUUUAGGUAAAAAAUGUCCUGCUGUGGCAGGGGAAAUAGGGUUUUUUUGGGUUGGUUUUUUUACGAAUUUGGCCUCUUAUGAUGUUUGUGCGGUAUACUGUGUGUAAUACAAGGCUGCAGGGAGGCUACUGCAUCCAUUCAUUUGUCUGUUCAGUUGAUGUGUAUGGAUUUGUCCUGCAUUUAUUUUAGUGUGCAGACAUGCAGGGUGUGUUAUAUACAGACCUUUGAAUGUGUAUGUAUCAUUUUGUAUAAUAUGCUUUGAUUCUGUGCUUUCCAUCUUGUAGAGUCACUGUGACUUCAGUUUCGAAAGGAGCUGAUAGUUUACCUGCUUUGUUUUGUCCUUAUUCAAUAAAGGAACAUAAUGUUACACAUUGUGUUUUUAUAUUCA